AGCCAAGCAAUCCCAAAACUUGCACUUCUCCACCUGAAGGCGAACAACUAUCAAACAUGGAGGCCAUUGCUAUUUUCUUUAAAGUGACUCUACCCAGCUACUUCGAGAGUCUACCCAUUCCAGAGACUUUUGGAGGCCUUUUACAAUUAACAGGUGCUGAUUGGCUACGCAUGGUGCCCCUCGUUGGGACUCUUGGAGCGGUCAUCGUUCUCACCGUGAUGCAGAUCCGCAGAGGAAAGUGUUCUGGAAACGGCCAGGUCAACCAGUCUGUUGAGAAGGACAAGGCCAAGGUCGUACAUGCCUUCGACAUUGAAGACCUUGGUGACAAAGAAGCCUUCUGCCGCUGCUGGCGAUCCAAGACGUUCCCAAAGUGCGAUGGUUCACAUGUCGGCCACAACAAGGCGACCGGCGACAACGUUGGACCCCUCUGCCUGUCCAGAAAGUCUGCAUCAUCUUAAAUAUCGAGAAAAUAUCGCAAACCCCACCUGAAGUUUCUUUCGUUUUACGUGCACUCGCUACUCAUAAAUUGUCUUCAUGAUGUUCCCUCAUUAAACAGCUGAGUAGCUACGUGUUCUCUGCUGAAAGCCAGAUGGGUAUUAACUCUUUGGGUUGCUAUGGAUUAAAACCCUGAACAGCCACAAUGUUGGGAGUACAUGUAUAUUAUACACAUAUGCUUACAAAAUAUGUGUGACAAAGGUCAACUAUAGUAGUCCACUGGUUGCUGCUUUGGUCGACCGAAGCUGGCAAAGAGUUUACCCUUUCGGGACAAUAAUUCCAUAUUUUGGGGUUAGGCUCCAUAACUUUUGAUCCGGAGCCCUACAAAAGAUUCCAGAUUUAUGAGUAGAAAAUCAGACAAAAAAGUUCUGCAUAUUUUCAUAACCAUAUUGCGUUUGAUGCCAGGAAUUUAAAGAAGAAAAAUAAGCUUUGACAUCCUUAAAUUGCAACAAAUCGAGAGGUUCUGAAUCAUCAGUUCUUUGAAUUGGCAACUUUUUCAACCUUUGGACAAAGGCUGUACACAUACAAAUAUAUUGUUCUUAAACUAUAGACAUUAUAUUUGUAUUAGAACAAUGUAGCAAUAAACAAAUAUUAUUGUUGCCAAUUUGAAGAAAAUACAUGUGAUCAAUCCUUCUUAAAAGGUUAACUCAUAUACUUUUUAAUAGAGUUAACACCCUUCUGGCUCUCAACAGAUGUUCUAUGGAUAUAAAGGUUUACAGAGUUACAGAGUCCUUAUUGUAAUGAUCUGGUGCUUUUAGUGCAUUACAUUUAACUGGAAUCUUCCAUAUUGAAUAGAGUCUGCAUCAACAUGAUCAAUAAUAACAUUUGGGAUUGUGAAACAUCAUCAUCACCACUUCAAUUCUAACACGCAAGUCCCUCGACUUCUAUGCAGUCAUCGUCUGGUUUAAUAGCUAGGUUAAUAGAAGGCAAUAAAGUACUAGUAGGUUUGUUCAGGUUAUACAUACAACUGUAGUACUUGGUCAGGUGUUUACCAAAUUCAUGAGUGUCAGAAUUGCCUUGUGUCCAUGAAGUUGAAAUAAUUACAAUUAAUUAAAACACCAUUGUCCCUGUAUGCACUCAUAUAAUUGUCUUUCUAAUUAUCACUACUAUAGACUGCGUCUGUUCAUGAACAGUUGUUCACAAGGUCGCUCCAAUAAUGUUUGCGGUUCUCUUGUUCACACUUUGUACUUACUUGGUCGGGUGUUUACCCAAAUUCAUGUAACUAGAAUCAACAUUGUCUUGUCUCCAUGAAGUCUACAGUAUUAAUUAAAAUACUUUUAUCCCUGAAUGCACUUCUAUUAUUGUCCUUCUAAUUAUCACUGCUUGAUUGCUUCUGUUCAUAAACAGUUCUUUGCAAGGUCGCUCUGAUAAUGUUUGCUGUGCUCUUGUUUACACUUUGUACUUAUAGAGUAAAAUUUGGAUGCAUUGGAUGAAAUUUUAUAGGAAUCUCUUGAGAUUGAAGAACAAUUGUACAAUUAUAUUCAGAGAUCUUCCCUUUCAUUUCUUUAUGUAGUGGUUGACUGUGUUUAACUUGUAUCAAUUUAGAUUGCUUAACAAUUGCUAACAGUUCAGCACUAUAUUAUCACUAUUUCUCUAAAGUAUUACUGCUUUUCAAAAUGCAAAAAAUAUUUGUUUAUUCGCAAAUGUGCAAAGAAUGACAUUUAUUCAUUAUGACAUCUUCACUUGAAUUUAAAAGCACGGCAUGUUUAUUUGAAAUGAGGUUGCAAUGUGAUUAUAAAGCAGAUUUUUAAAAUGUUGUUGUGUAAAUGUAUGUCCGAUUGUAUGUGUAUAUACCAGGUCCUGGUUUAUUUAGCGUGUUUUCACAAUUUAAUUGCUAGAAGAGAUAUAUUGUGGUGUGUGUGGUUUCAAAGAUGUGUAUUCGGAUUAUGGUACAUGGUACAAAAUUAGCAAUAUUGUGCAUUUUCAUGGUUUAACUAAAGAGUCUACGACACUAUAAAAUACACCAACAGAUAUGUUAGAGUACUACAAGUAUUCAAAUGUUUUCUAAACUUGAAAUUUCUACAUCUUGUGUAUUAAAGCACUAUAAAUUAACCAAUAUGCUUGCCCAGGACAACCUAGAUUUGCUGAAUAACAAGUACAUGUGCAUGAAACAAUACAUAAAAUAGUCUGUAUUUGUGGAAAUUUAGGCAACUCCAGAAAAUGUUGGACAACUGGAAUAACUUUGUUUCUCAUUCUUGCAAAGACAACAUCACAUAUUUUUGUAAGCAUCAUUUAAAACUCUUUCUUGGGAGACAAGUUUUGUGUGAAAAAGGCUGAGAUUAUGAAUAUUGCCUGAAUUGUAAUGUGAUUCGUUACUCUUUAAAUUUUGUAGUUGUUUGAGUUCCUAUGUAGUCCAUCAUUGUGUUUUAUACAUGUAUGUAUGGUGUCGAGUUGUGGGAAAUGGCUGAUAAAUGCAAACAUGUUCAAUAGUUAUGAGGAAUACAUGUAAUUACAAGUGAUGAAGUACAGAAGUUCCUGAAAAAAGAUGAUUUUUCAAUAAUAUCUUGAGACAUCUGUCUUCUUUGGGAGAACUAUGAUUCAAGGUUUCAUACCAGUGGAGAGCUUUAAUUGGUGCAAAAUAUUUUAUAAAAAUUCUCUGAUCUUGAAAUUUAGACUUCUAUACUUGUUUCUCUCUCCAAGAUGUCUGUGAUGGCUAUAAGUCAAGAGAAUGUGUAAAGUUUCAUCAUUCUUACAAACUGAUGUAAUCACCAUCUUUGAAGGCAAUUCUAUUUAGAUUCAGUUGUCCUUCAUUGAAACUAAUAGGAAGACUGGUCGUUACCACUUCUCUAGACAGAUGGAUGCUCAUUUCCCUAUGUAUUCAUUGACUGCAAUAAAUCAGAGAUGGGAUAAAUGGUCAACAAUCUUGGAUUGUAAUGAACAUAUGCAAACUGAAGAUGAAACAAAUUGUUAUUCCUGAAACGGGUAACACAAUACAACGCUUGGUUAAACCAAGUCUGAAAAAGAAA